UAAAAUCUAAGUAUAUAUAACAUUAAAAUCUAUACACAAUCUGAUCCAGCGAUGCAAUAAUUAGUAGGGUGCAAACAUCUUUUAAAAGCGCCACUGGAGAUCUCUGAUCUCUCAACACCUUCUUAUUCCCAGAAAAGUUUUCAGUAAGAGCAAGUUUGGGAUUUGCAAAAAGAGACUCUCUCUCUCUCUCUCUCUCUCUCUCUCUAUUAUUUCUCUGAUACAUCACAGAAAAAGAGAGAUGGGUAGCAGUUAUUUUGGAGAGCCAAAUAUGGGAAAUGAAAGAGGGAGUGGGUCUUCUUCCUCGUCAAGGAAAAGCAAGAAGAACAAUUCAGACAAGCCUAAACAGCCACAAAGAGGUCUUGGAGUUGCUCAAUUAGAGAAGAUCAGAUUACAUGGCCAAAUGGGUUGUGCUACAUACCACCCCUCCCUUCAUGGCCCAUAUCCCACUAAUUUCAACAAUCAAGAGGAUAUGAGAAUGCAAUCUGCAACUUAUUCUUCAAUACCAUCAUCAUCAUCUUUUUCUUAUUCAUCCUCAUCAUCAUCAUCCUCAACUUCUUAUGGUUUCCACCCCAACAUCAUGAUGGGGCUAGGCGAACAUGAAAGAACAAAUAUCAGAUAUGGUGAUUCCCUACCUGCUACAACAGCAAGAUGGGACCCCAGCGGUGCAACCUUAGAGACUCAACAUUUUGAGCAGCCAAGCAUGACUAGACACCUUCUAAAUCUACCAGUAGAGGACUCACAGCAUAUAAACAGAAAGAAACAUAGGAGUAAUUCGAGGGGCUCAAGCAGUCAGAAUUCUGAUUCAAGCGACAAUCAGGAACUAGAUUUGGAGCUCAGACUGUCACUUUAAUCAGCAAUUAUCUGCCACUCAAUUGCAUGGCUUCUCAGUGCUAAUUAAAUUGCAAAAUGGCACACAGAGUUGGCAAGACAAUGUAACUUGUUAGAGGUAUCACUGGGUGUGACUCUUGUGUAAUGAAAGGUAGAUUGACUUUCUGUACAAGACAAUGAAAAUUUUCUCCUUGUUCAUGAAUUGUCAAAGAAAUGAGAAAGUCAUUAUUCUCUCUA